AUGUCAGGAAUAGCAACGAGUAAAACUUCCUUCUUUCAUUCAGACUAUGAACAUGUAACUCUGACUGCUGUUUACACCUUUGUUUUUAUCAUUGGUCUGGGAGCUAACGGAUGGGCGGUGAGGUCCUUGAUGCAGAAAUGGAAAAUUCUUGGACACAUUAAUGUGUUUCUUCUAAACCUUGGAAUUGCUAAUCUUUUGUUCCUGCCAACUCUCCCAUUUUUGUCAGCAUACUACUUUAUGAAGAAUAAAUGGAUCUUUGGAGAUGCCUUCUGCAAGAUCACAAGAUUCUGCUUCAACUUGAAUUUAUACGGCAGCAUUGGAUUUCUCACCUGUAUAAGUGUGUACAGGUACCUGGCUAUUGUCCAUCCAAUGAGGGUGAUGGGAAGAUUAACCGUCACUCUCUCUGUAGCUAUCUCAGUCGUGGUUUGGCUGUUGGUGAGUGUUCAAAGUCUUCCAGAUAUGUUCUACCCAAAAACCUCCGCAAACAACACUGAUACAAAUAAAACUGAAAAAUGUCACCAUACCACCUCUACAGAGCAUGUUGAGAAUUACCUGAAAUACAGUGUGGGUUGGACAUUGACUGGGUUUGUUAUGCCACUCCUUACCUUACUUGGCUGCUAUGGACACGUGACUCUUGUUCUCUGCCACAAAAAUACCAUUAAUAAGGUGGUGAAACAAAGAAGCUUAAGGUUGUUGUUCAUUUUGAUUUUGCUCUUCUCAGUUUGUUACAUUCCCUACCAUAUUUUUAAAAACCUCAGCCUUUAUUCAAGAGUUUUGAUAAAACACAGGAUGCGUCCAACAUGGGAUGAGGGAGUCUUCUGUGCUCAUCAGAUCAGUCGUGGUCUUGUGUGUCUGAAUAGUGUUUUGAACCCCCUGGUUUACCUCCAUGUCAUGGAUAUUCCUGCUCAAAUCAGACAGAUGCUUCAGCGGUUUCGUCAGACAUUUACUCGUUUGUUUGUGUCAAACUAUGUCAGUGUGCCUGUGGCACAAACUGCAAACACAGCAAUAUCUUAA